AGUUACAGGAUUUCGCGCCAAAUUCUGGCGGCAUCGAAAGCUGUCAGAAAGUUGAUUGUAUUUUUGUAUUUUGUAAAGCUGCAUUGCCUUGCAGAAAUUCAUAAUAAACAUACAUUGCUUUUCAUAAACAUAUUAAACUGUAAAAAUGGAAGGAUUUGAUGAUCCCGGAGUGUUCUUUUCCGACAAUUUUGGUGUCGAAGAAAAUGAAUCGCAGGACCAAAUUAACCUACAAGCAGUAAAGAAGAAAUUCAAGGAAUUCAUUCGACAGUUCCACUCGGGAAACUUUAAUUACAAAUACAGGGAUGCUCUAAAGCGCAACUACAACUUGAGUAACUUUUGGGUCGAGAUAAAUAUCGAAGAUUUGUCUAGUUUCGACGAAGUCUUAGCUGAGAAGUUAUACAAGAAACCAACGGAACACUUACCCAUACUUGAAGAAGCAGCCAAAGAGCUUGCUGAUGAGCUGACAGCUCCCAGACCAGAAGGAGAAGAGAAAGUAGAAGAUAUUCAAGUGUUGCUGACUUCAGAUGCUCAUGCUGCCAACUUAAGGGAACUCAAAUCUGAAACAGUUUCUCGGCUUGUUAAAAUACCUGGGAUUGUAAUCUCAGCUUCUGGGAUUAAAGCAAAAGCUACAAAAAUAUCAAUUCAAUGCCGAUCAUGUCGUAACAUUAUUCCCAACUUGCCAGUCAAGCCUGGCCUGGAAGGAUAUGUGAUGCCCAGAAAAUGCAACACAGAACAAGCUGGAAGACCAAAGUGUCCAUUAGACCCAUACUUCAUCAUUCCAGACAAGUGCAAAUGCAUUGACUAUCAGGUACUGAAACUACAAGAAGCGCCAGAGAGUAUUCCUCAGGGAGAAAUGCCUCGACAUUUGACAGUCUACUGUGAACGCGUUCUGUGCGAGCGUGUAGCUCCAGGCGCGAGGGUGACUGUACUUGGCAUCUACUCCAUAAAGAAAAUUGCCAACAUUGGUCGAGAAGGCCGUGACAAGGGUUCAGUGGGUGUACGUUCCUCGUAUCUGCGCGCCGUCGGUCUGACCGCCGAAGAAGGCGUCACAGGCGGUCUGCGGCCCUUCACUGCUGAAGAAGAGGAACAGUUCCGCAGGCUAGCAGCCUCACCAGACAUAUACGAUCGCAUCGCCAAAUCUAUAGCACCCAGUGUGUUUGGUGCCAUUGAUAUGAAGAAAGCUAUCGCCUGUUUAUUGUUUGGUGGUUCCCGUAAAAGAUUACCAGAUGGGCUGACCCGUCGAGGAGACAUUAAUAUUCUACUACUGGGUGACCCUGGUACAGCUAAGUCGCAACUGUUAAAGUUUGUGGAAAAAGUCGCCCCCAUUGGAGUAUACACCUCAGGCAAAGGUUCCAGUGCAGCUGGUCUCACGGCUUCAGUCAUCAGGGAUCCCGGCAGUCGUAACUUCGUGAUGGAAGGCGGCGCCAUGGUUCUGGCUGAUGGCGGUGUUGUCUGUAUCGAUGAGUUUGACAAAAUGCGGGAGGACGACAGAGUUGCUAUCCAUGAAGCCAUGGAACAACAAACCAUUUCCAUUGCAAAGGCUGGCAUAACUACAACUUUGAACUCCCGUUGCUCAGUACUUGCUGCAGCCAAUUCAGUGUUCGGCCGAUGGGAUGACACCAAGGCUGACGACAAUAUUGACUUCAUGCCAACUAUUUUAUCAAGAUUUGACAUGAUCUUCAUAGUUAAAGAUGAACAUGAUCAAAACAGAGAUAUUACACUAGCUAAGCACAUCAUAUCAGUACACAUGGGUGGUGAUAGUGUGGAGCGUGAGACAGCGGCCGGUGAGCUUCCUCUGGCGUUGCUUCGGCGUUACUCUGCUUACUGCCGCACUCGCUGCGGUCCAAGGUUGUCAGCGACUGCAGCAGAGCGACUCCGAGCCCGUUAUGUGCUCAUGAGGACGGGCGCCUCGCAGCACGAGAGACAAGUCGACAAGCGUCUCUCUAUCCCUAUCACAGUGAGGCAACUCGAAGCCAUCGUUCGCAUCUCCGAAUCUCUAGCUAAGAUGCAAUUGCAGCCAUUUGCAACAGAAUCACACGUGACUGAAUCACUACGUUUGUUCCAAGUGUCGACAUUAGACGCAGCUAUGACGGGCAGCUUAGCUGGUGCAGAAGGCUUCACAUCAGAAGAAGACCAUGAAAUGCUCUCGCGCAUUGAGAAACAGUUGAAGCGCAGGUUCGCCGUUGGUUCUCAAGUAUCUGAACAAACUAUAAUUCAUGAUUUCCUAAAACAAAAAUACCCAGAGAGAGCAAUUCUCAAAGUUAUACACACUAUGAUUAGGCGCGGAGAAUUACAACAUAGGCUGCAAAGGAAAAUGCUUUACAGACUCUCAUAACUCCUUUCUAUUUACAACUUUUUUAAUCAUGUUUUAAUAUAAGAGUUAAUUUCAACUGAAAUAAAAAGAAUGUUCGUAAUUGUA